AUGUCGAUAAUCGAAGGCGACAGUCUUCCCGAAUACGAAGGGCCACGAAAUACUUCGAUUCCAUAUUGGCGGUUGAUUAUUGAUCAAUCUGGGAUCACGGAAGAAGUCUUGAGCCAUGAAUACGAGGGUUCAGGGACAAUCGAAGACCCGUACAUCGUGCAAUGGAUCCCCAAUGACCCCCGGAACCCUAUGAAUUGGAGCCAGUUCACCAAGUGGUUUGUGACGAUGGCAGUCGCAAUCGCCACCUUGGCCAUUGCUCUCUUAUCGUCCGCCUACACAGGAGGAACCGUCGAGAUUAUGAAAGAAUUUGAGGUCAGCUCCACCGUAGCUACGCUCGGAGUGUCACUCUUCGUCCUCGGUUUCGCCAUUGGCCCUCUCCUCUGGGCUCCUCUGAGUGAGGUUUUUGGUCGGCAAGUCCUCUUUAUUGGGACUUAUGGGGCUCUGACUGCGUUCAAUGCAGGUGCCGCCGGUGCACAGAACAUAGAGACCUUGCUGAUUCUGCGCUUCUUCGCUGGCGCCUUUGGGUCUUCGCCAUUGACAAAUGCCGGAGGCGCCAUAGCUGACAUGUUUCCUGCUUCGCAGCGUGGAUUGGCCAUGGCUCUUUUUGCAGCAGCGCCGUUCUUAGGACCGGCCAUUGGGCCCAUCACUGGGGGCUUUCUUGGAAUGAACGCCGGUUGGCGUUGGGUGUUGGGCUUCCUGGCUAUCCUGUCUGGUGUUCUCUGGAUUGCAGGAUCAUUGCUUCUGCCAGAAACAUACGCUCCCGUGAUCCUCCGCAGACGGGCUGAGAAGCUGUCGGCUCUGAGGAAACAGCAUUACAUCAGCUUGAUCGACAAGCAGCAAGGCAAGGCAGAUCUCGGCGCUUUGCUCAAGACGGCGCUGUCGCGGCCAUGGGUGAUGCUUUUCACCGAGCCCAUAGUUCUCAUUCUCUCGAUCUAUAUGGCCAUCAUUUAUGGCGUCUUGUACAUGCUCUUUGCCGCCUUCCCGAUAGUUUACCAGCAAGCAAGAGGGUGGAACCAAGGCAUCGGUGGCCUGGCAUUCCUUGGUAUCAUGGUUGGAAUGAUGCUGGCGAUUUGCUAUGUGAUUCCUGACAACAAGCGGUUCAUCCGGGUUCAAGCUGAAAAUGGCGGAUUUGCGCCCCCAGAGGCUCGUCUCCCUCCAUCUUGUAUCGGAGCGGUGGCCCUGCCCAUCGGUCUAUUCUGGUUUUCCUGGACGAACUCGCCAUCUAUCCACUUUAUGGUCAGUAUAGCUGCCGGUGUCCCGUUCGGCUUCGGCAUGGUCCUGGUGUUUCUGAGCAACAUGAAUUAUCUCGUCGACGCGUACACGAUCUAUGCGGCGUCGGUACUGGCGGCCAAUUCGAUCAUUCGAUCUCUCUUUGGAGCCGCGUUCCCCCUCUUUGCGAAGGAAAUGUACGAUGGGCUGGGCAUUCACUGGGCGUCGUCUAUUCCUGCCUUUCUCGCACUUGCAUGCGUGCCCUUCCCUUUCCUAUUUUACAAGUAUGGCGCUCCCAUUAGGGCGAGAUGCAAGUACUCAGCCCAGUCCGCCGCAUUCGUGGAGAAAAUGCAAGGGCAGCAAACUGGCCGAGUAGGAGAGGUUGGUGGUGCCUCAGACAGUGAGAACCGUGACGACGAUAUGACGAUCGUGGACGAACCUACCGCGUCACAGCUAUUCGUCUCGGAUGCCGAGAGGGAGGUUCCUAAAGAGAAAUAG